UUUACUCGUUACCUAGGAGACUCCAGCGUUUCCGGGACGCUUAGCUUGUUUCUGUGUCUUACCAUAUACAAUACAGUAUAUAGAAGAUCUAUAGGUUAAUAUCGAGUCCUUACUGUACCUGGAGGAUACUUAGAACGUUGAGUGACACAGAGUAUGGGAAAAAUGAAGAAAAAAGAUGGAAAGAAGUCAGAGAAGUCAUCAGUGGAAGUGGUGGAUGAUGCCAGUUCCAAGUUCUCCUCCGUAUCCGUCUCACCUACAGAAGAACAUGCUCCAGCAGCCUUUAAGCCCAGUGAUGAUGAACCUGUAGCACAGGAAGAGCCCCCUGCCCCAUUCUCCCCUUUAGAGGUCUAUGAGGAACCAGUUCUAGCUCAACUUAUUGUUGAAAAGUAUGAAGGAGAACUGCUGAAUGGUUUGUAUGAAGGAGAAGGUGUUGCUUACUAUAAAGACGGGAAUGUUUACAGGGGACAUUUUUCAGAGGGCCUUAUGCAUGGCAAAGGAGAAUAUAUUUGGGCUGAUGGGCUGAAAUAUGAGGGAGAAUUUUUCAUGAACUUUCCAAUGGGACACGGCCUGUAUACAUGGCCCAAUGGCAGCCGCUAUGAAGGACAGGUAUACAAGGGGAUAAGGCAUGGGAGCGGUGUCCACAUUUCUAGUGGUCAACAAGUGUCCUACGCAGGAGAGUGGAAUAUGGGCCGGCGUCAUGGGAAGGGCGCAAUCUAUUACAAUGCUGAAGGAACCUCAUGGUAUGAAGGGGAUUGGAUCCACAACAGGAAGGAGGGAUGGGGAGUACAGAGGUUUCCAUCAGGCAACAUCUAUGAAGGACAAUGGAAAAAUAAUAAGUUUCAUGGAGAGGGUAGAAUGAGGUGGCUAUCUUCCAAUGAAGAAUACAUGGGUCUGUGGGAGAACGGCAUACAGAAUGGUCUUGGGACUCACACUUGGUUCCUGAAGAGAGUAUCUGGUUCACAAUACUCCUUAAGAAAUGAAUACAUUGGAAACUUUGUCAAUGGUGCACGUCAUGGUCAAGGCCAGUUUUAUUAUGCUAAUGGAGCAAUGUACGACGGACAGUGGGAAAACAACAAGAAGCAUGGAAUAGGCAAAUUUAUUUUUAAAAAUGGAAGGAUUUACAUUGGAGACUUUGUGGAAGAUCAGAUUGCAGAAUACCCGAAUUUCAAGUAUGACAGAGUGAACACUCCAGAUCUGAGUGGUAUUCGUACCCAGAGUCCUAUAUGUGGAGAAAUCUCCACUUUGAAUUCAGGUAUUCCUAGUUUAGCAGGCUCUUAUAUUGAACUUGAUAUAGCGUCACUGCUAAACACCUUACCAGAGAAUGAACGGUUUGAAGAACAGAAACAAGUGGAAUAUGGCAUCCUCCGGAACCUCACAAUGCUCCGGAAGACAUACAAGUCCUACAGCAGCCUGGGCAAUGAAAACUGCUGUGAUAAUGCCUUCCUUAUGACAAAAUUACAGUUCUGGAGAUUUUUAAAAGACUGCAAGUUCCAUCAUUAUGGCCUAACGCUUUGUGACAUGGAUCGUAUUUUGGCAGACCACUCUGAUCCUGAAGAAAUCCACUCUCCCUAUGCUUCAAUGCUGCUUCGCACCUUCCUGACAAAUAUUAUCUACUUGGCUGAUCACAUUGCUCGUGCUGACUGUCCAGAUAAGAAGCUUUCCCUUGUUGACUGCUUUUCCAAAAUCAUGACAUGCAAUAUCGUGCCCCAUGGUACCAAAAUCAAAGGUCACUUAUUCAGUGAUGCCCAAAAGACGGAACAUGCAAUGUCCUACAUUGAUAAGUGCUGGGAUAUCUAUAAGACCUACUGCAAGAAGAACACCUCUGCACCAUUUGAGCCUACGAUGACCAUGAGACAUUUUAUAUGGAUGAUGAGGGAUUUAGGAGUCUUAAAUAAAGAACUCAGUGUCACAAAGAUUGUGGACGUUUUAGCCGAAGAUGAUCCAAGUGUGAGAGAAGGAAAUGAGAUAAUUCUAGAGCUAGAGCUCACAUUUCUGGAAUUCUUGGAGGCUUUAAUCGGCUGCGCCAUUACGUAUGUCACAGAUGAACUGCUACAAGAAUCGAACCACAACCUUCUUCAAGGAGAGCAAAGGUCAAACACAGCUUCGGAUGGCAGUGCCAGUGCAGAUCUUACCAACCACCGCUCAAGUCUUUCGACCCCGAGAAAGUCAGACAGUGGGACAGAAGAAAAAGAGAUGAGCAUCGCCUUGAAGGUGAAUGAAAAACGCAGCCCACGUCUACUGUUCCCUUCUUCAAAAAAGACCCCAAAGAAAAUCAUGACAGACAGAUGGUUCUGUCAGGUUGAUGUGUUUUUCCAUAAAGUAUUUUUUCUGGCGUAUGAGAAAGCAGAAGAACUGAAGGCCGAAAUCCCAAAAAACAGAGCGCGGCAGGCUGAGCAGGCCCGACUACAGCGCAUCUGGGAGGAGGAGGAGACACGACUAAAAGCAUUGAGGGCUGAAGAGGAGGCCAAGAGGCUGGAACAGAUGGAGAUAGAGAGGGCCGCGGCCAUGUUGGAGGCUGGGCAGGUAUCUGAUGACCAGGCUGAUGACCAUAAGAGUAGACAGGACCCUGCCGCAAACAAGGAAGAAGCUCCCAUCCCUCCGUCCACUGCAAGUACUAAGGCUACUACAGCGACAAGCAAAAAGAAGAAAAAAUAAUGAUCAAAAUAAUGCCUGUAUAUAGUAAUACAAUGUGUAGACAUGUAUGUGUAUAUUUAUGUGGCUUUGUCUCAGAUUUUUACUGAUACCUUCUGUCAUGCAAUGAAUAAAUCCAUAGCAACAUUGUGACAAAUGCAAACCCAUCCCAUGGGGAUUUUGCGCUGGAUUUGUUGGUAGUGUACAAUUUGUGCCAUGUGGGAAUAAAUCCUAAUAAACGGAAAUAAAAGUCUCUGAAUACAAUUUGACA